AUGCACAUCUUGACACACAUUUGGUUCUACUUCAUAGCCAAAGUCACUGAGCUUCUCGACACUGUCUUCAUUAUAUUACGGAAGAAGGAAAAGCAAGUUUCCUUCCUGCACAUUUACCACCACUCGCUGAUGAUGCUGGGCUCCUGGGCAUUCCUGAAGUAUGCUCCUUCGGAGAACGUAAUAUUCUCUGGGUUCCUCAACUGCGUGGUGCACGUCGUCAUGUAUUCGUACUACGGCCUGGCCGCUCUGGGGCCCCGGGUGGCGCCGUAUCUGUGGUGGAAGAAGUACAUUACUACUUUCCAAAUUAUCCAGUUCGUGACCCUGGCGGUGCACUUCCCCGCCUCCCUGCUCCUCACCGCGUGCCCCCCGCCGCGCGCCGUCGGCGUCUUCAUCACCAUGAACCUGCUCUUCUUCAUGUACCUGUUCGGAGACUUCUACAGGAAGUGUUACAGUGGGAAGAGGAGGAAGAGUGAGGGGGUAGUGGAGAAGAGUGGUGGAGAGGAGAAGAAGGUGUUGGCGUUAUCGGGUAAUGUGUGUACUCCUCAAUGAGCUGUUUAGUAAAUCAAGUGUGAAUAAA